AUGGCAGCCUUACAGGUUCCAGGAUUAUCUGAAAAUGUUCAUCUGCACCUGGUAAUAGCAGGGUUGCAUGGCUCCUCUAGGUUGGCCAAAUCAAUAUACAAAGACCCGGUUCGAACGUUGGUAGAGUUCAUGGCUCGAUCAAAGAAGUACCUGGAGUUGAAACAGAUGGAGAUUGAGAACAUGGAUCAGAAACACCAUCCUAAGCCGAUGGAUAAGUUCGAAAAUCGGAGGCAAAAUGAGUUCCGGGGUAAAAGGCAAGACGAAAGAACUCCAGUAAGGGGGAGAUUCGAGAAGUAUGCGCCUUUAAAUUCACCCAGAUCACAAAUCUGGAGAGAGGUGGCCUCCAGCGAUAUGAAGAAGGUUGACAGACCUCGGCCUUUGUUGAACCAAGCCGAGUUAGAUCAGUCUCGGUAUUGUGCCUUUCAUGAUGGGCCCGGGAAUACUACAGAUGAAUGCUGGGACCUAAGAGAUGCAAUUGAGAAAUAUAUCAGGGAUGGUAAGUUGCGUCAGUACCUGAUAAGGACCCAAGGAUGGAGGAACAACAGAAAAAGGAGAGGCCAGCCUAUGAGUCCGACAAAGGAAAAGAGACUUAAGGAAGAUAGCCGGGAUAAGAAGCUGGCUAAUGAGGACAAUGAGUUCGUGGAACCAGAGUUUGAAUGCAAUGUUAUUAGUGGGGCUUUUGACGGAGGAGAUGAUACCAUGAAUGCCAGAAGGAAAUACUUAAGAGAAGUGCUUUCGAUCCGAGAGCAACCUAAGUUCAAAGAAGAAGCCAAGCCGGAGCAGCCGUUGCUAUACUUCACCAGGAAAGAGUUGGAAGAUGUGAUGCCGGGACAUGUACACGGGCUGGUCAUUACAGGAACACUAGUCAAUUGUAGAGUCAAGAAAAUCUUUAUGGACAAUGGCAGUUGUGCCGACAUAAUUUUAUGGCAGGCAUUUAAAAAGAUGAAUUUAGAUGAGGAGUACCUAAAGCCGUGCAACACGGCCCUGAUUGCGUUCAACGGCCGUAAUAACCUCCCUAAAGGGUAUAUUGAUCUUAGGCUUAUCCUAGGAUCGAAAGAGGCAUACAAAUCUGAAAGGGUACGGUUCAUUGUAGCCGACUUCCCUUCUGAGUAUAAUGUGAUAUUGGGAAGGCCAACUAUUCAUGAAUGGGACAUGUUGGUUUCCACCAAGCAUCAAAAAAUUGAGAUGAUUGGUAAGCAAAACACGAUGAUCACCAUUGCGGGGGACCAGAAGGAGUCUCGAGAUUGUUAUUUCAAGUCAGUUAGAGCGGUGGAAAAUGGACCUAAACCUUCGACUGAGAUCAAAGAAAGCAACGACAGUCAGAUCGGUCUAAACCAGAAGGGGAAGACAUCGGUUAACAUGGUGUAA